AGAGAAGGGCUGAAGGGUAGAAGAAGAAGAAGAAGAAAAAUCAACACGAUACACACAGAUCUGAAACCUGUGUAGCAUGUUCCUGGGUGAGUGGUAAUUCGCAAGAGGAAACUGAUCCCAGGUCUGUAAGCAGAUGAAGGCACUCUGCCAAAGGGGAUGAGAACAACUUCCGUUUCUCUUCUGGAUCCUCCAGGCAGCUGCUGGUCUGUCCCAUAGAGACACAAGCUAUAAACACAAGGUUCAGUCAGACCACAGGACAGCUCAGCAGCCCCCACUUCCUCAUCGAGAGUCGAAGCAGAGCGAGUGAACAUGAGUUUCCUGUGACGCCUCUGUGUCUCUGGUCAAUUGGUAUACUCAUAUCACUCUGCCACUGUUGAGUUGUGGUGCAUGGAAAGAGACCAAACCUCAUCGUAUGUAUUGGGUAGAAACUCUUUGGUAGAUCUACACUGACAGCCAAUUGUUGUUCAUCUGAAGACUCACUCCAAAAACCGAGAUCUGUUUGGGCACACACACUGGACCUGUGAAGUUAUUGACAGUGUUCGGAGGAAAGCUGUGAUGCUGUUUUCGCACAGUUAAGAUCGUGUGUGGUUCUGGGAUAUUCAGCCAUGCUUCAGCAGUCAGAGCUCAUCUUUGACUUUGCCAGUGACCAUGUCAACAUGUCACAGUUGGGAGGUUGUUUGGACUACCCUGCAGUGAUUGUGGAGCAGGUUCCCCAUCCACAAAUGCUAUCAUAUGCAAGUCUAGCGGCGUGUGAGCAGUCUCAUACAGAGGAGGAUCAGCAGCACUUUUUCAAAGUGGAGCCAUGUGAAAGUGGAGAGGAGGAGACCAUGGAAACACUUGUUGCUGCUGACUCACUUCUCAACAUGGACUGCCCUGAUGCCCUCUCUCUGGAACAGCACUACUCCCAGACCUUUUUAUCGUCACUGGGUGAUGUCAUCACUACGCCUGUUACCCAGGUGACUGUAUCGGCAGAGGGGAUUGUGGGAGCUGUUGACCAGCCACAAUGGACCUCAUUACACACAAAGAAGUCUGCGGCACAGCCGCAGUCCAAGAAGAGAGGGAGAAAACCUCGACAUAGAAGGGCAGAGUCUCCCACACCAGAAAUUAUAGUGAAGAAGGACAAAUACAACAAAGGAGGGAACACACUGUACCUGUGGCAGUUCCUGAUGGAGUUGUUGCAGGACCGACAGGUCUGCCCCCGCUACAUUAAAUGGACUAACCCCCAUGCAGGAAUCUUCAAGUUGGUCAACUCAAAAGCAGUGGCCAGACUCUGGGGCAAACACAAGAACAAGCCAGAUAUGAAUUAUGAGACAAUGGGCAGAGCACUCAGGUACUACUACCAAAGAGGCAUACUGAAUAAGGUUGAAGGCCAGCGUCUUGUCUACCAGUUCACCUCUCUGCCCAAAGACAUGAUUUAUAUCACAGAUGGAGAUGGCACAAAAGAGGAAGAAGAUUAUGACGACAAUAGUGGCAAUGAUGAAGGUGUGAGUGAUGAUUCUGAUGACAGCACAAUACCUUCUAGUGACCACUCAGUGGAAGAGGAAGAUUCACACCCAACACAGAAGAAAGUGUCGUCCGGCUCUGGCCGACCGCAAGCUCCUCAGCGGACCAAGCCAUCUCCCGGGCCCUCAGGUCAGCGCGACACUGUCCUGCGACCUGCCAGCACCAGCUUGAUCCAGGAGCAGCAUUUGCCUAUUGUGUCUGCUGAGAUGCUGCGGACUCUCCAGAACCUGCCAAAGGUCCAGUCCCUGCAGCCAGCGGGUCACGCCUCGGUCUUCAGAACGGCUCAGCUUCUUGGGAGUCUGUGUGAGCGACAGGCUGCUGCUGAGGUGGCUGUAGAUAGCAGUGGUGCGCAGGAGACACCUGAUGAAAAGUCACACCCAGGACAGAAAAAUUCACAAGUGGAGAGGCCACAGCUGGUGCCGCUGACUGGCUCGGGCCAUUAAAAAGGCCAGUAACCAAACACAUGCGUGUGCAUACACUCCACUGACUCAGGACCAGCUACAGAGCUGCACUUUGCUGUGUCAAUUCACAUCAGGCCCUCUCGUUUUCCCUAGAGUGUGUAAGAGUGGGAGUACUGAUCUAGGAAUAUUUUUGUAUUAUACAUUAUAUUAUGAAUUUGUAACAAAAGUAAUUCUAGAUCAGUAUUUCCUCCCCUGAUGUCUGCUUUUAAGGGAAAUUGGCAGGACCCAAAAUCUCACAGCACUCACCAGGUUAAUUUCUAAGACGAGGCAGACUUUAAAAGCUCAUGUCCUUUAUAUCAGCCUUCUGUCACCAAAAAUAGACAUGCACUGGAACUUACAGCCUCUCUGCACCUUGUGCAGACACUCCCUCUGCUAGUACUUCACCUCCAUCAACAUGAAGCAAAUGAUGUGAUCAGCACACUGCCUUCCUUCUCUGCCGUUACUCUUGCGCUUUCCCUACUCUGUUUUUUUUUUUUUUACUCGCUCAUGCUGAAUCAUUCCUCUGCCUUGAAAAUGGCUUUGCACUAAUGUUUACUUCUGCUGUAUGUUUCUUCUCUAAGUGCCUGAAGAUCUCAGUCCAUCCCAUCCCUGCUUCCUCUGUUUCUGGUAAAUGAGGUUAAUGAGGGAAACAUUCCAUGUUAUUAUUAUUAUUUUUUUAAGAUUACUGAAUUACAUUUGUGUUGUGAAACAUUGAAAAUAAGGGAUCACUGUUAUUUGUAGAGUAGUUGUUCAGCACUGCUGCUGUUUAGUUGUUAAACCUGCACAGUGGACCUUCCUUUUGUUGACAAUCACCAGUGAAAUGGUCUUGUAGCCUUUCUUAUUUCACUACAUUUCCUCUUGUAGAGUCAUACAGCUACUAUUUAGUCUUUCUGCUGUGCACACAUUCUGUUUAUUUUUUAAACAUAUAUAAAUGCAUACAGUAUAUGAACCUCUAAAGCUUUGAUAUCUGUAAGUGUUGUGUGUUACAUGCUGUAUGUUUGUGAACAUGCUUGACUUUGUGCCUUGUUGCCAUUUUCUCCCUCAGGGUUGUAAAAAUUAGUUUUACUGCACAGACUGUAUACUCUAUGCAAAGAGUAAAACAGCUGGCCCUUUAUUACAAAGUAAUGCUAAGUUCAGUGUUUUCAGUUGAUCAUAGUUUAACCUCACAAAGCCUGGUCAUAACUUUCCCCUCACUCCAAAUGAAAACUGAGCUUGUAAGAUUUAGACAGGCUUCAGUGAGGUUAAACAUGGUUUAGGAGAAACUUAUAACCGUGCCUUUGCCCCCAGGGAACCCUAUGCAAAACUGUUUUCACUUUAUUACGGAGUAAACGAUUUAUUUGGAAUCCCCUUUGUUUUCUGGAGAUCUCUCAGUACUGUAUAUUUUACUGAUAUGGAUUUGUAAGCUUGUAACAGGGGGAGAGAUGGAGUUUCUGUUGCUUUAUUUUGAUGCGUUUGCUUUUGUGCAGUUCAGAGAUGUUGAAAAGAUAAUGGUCUAUUAUAAGAAAUAAACAAAAUUUUAUCAUCG